UUAAAGUAACAAGGCAAGAACCCAGUCUAACUUGGUCGAAACGAGGCGAUCGCAGCGUGACACAUUUUGUACAAUGGCUGAUGCAUUGGGAGAUGAGUGGUGGUUAACGAAUGACGAGCCAUCAACACACUGUGAGAGUUUAGAGCAACCAAAGGAAAAGCCAGCAAAGUUAAAAGGUGGUAUUGGUGAUAAAAAGUUGAAGAGGAAAAAGGCUACAACAAGCACUGUCAGUGUGGGAAAUGUGGGCAGUGGUGUGCUGACGCUAGCUCAGAAGAAAGAGCUGCACCAUGAAAAAAUAGAUAAGAGUCGGACUAAGCGGUCGAAGCUUACUGCAAAAAACGAAUCCAAGACGCAAGUGGGAACGGCAGGUGUAUUAGAAGCUGAGCCAUGGGAACUGAAGGACAAGCCAAAAAAGAAGAAAAAGAGAAAGAAGAAGAAGAUAUCUGACGAUCUUGCGGAUAAGCCUCCCUCAGCACCAUCUGCUGCAGAUUUGCUACAGUUCAUUAAAAGCCAGUCGGAAGGCACGCUGUCUACCAUUGAAGCAGAGGAGGUGGAGCUACAAGAUGAACAUGUUGGACCUUGUAAAGAAGUUGGCGAAGACAUUCCCCAGUUCCUUAACAGGUUGCUACCAGACUGGUGUCGCCACCUAGUGGAGCUUGGGAGCACUCAAGCAUCGCCGGUGCUUCUCAUCGUGUGUAUAUCAGCCAUCAGAGCGGUGGCGGUGAGGAGAGCGAUUCAAGAUGUUCUAAAGUUGCAGAAAGGGAUGCAGAUAGGAAAACUCUUUGCCAAGCAUUUUUCGGUAACAGACCAGGCAAAGUUCCUCCAGAAAACUGUGGUCCCUAUUGGACUCGGAACUCCAAAUCGGAUUCAUAAACUCCUGGAAGAAGAUGCACUGUGGAAGGGUCAGCUUCGCUACAUCGUGCUAGACUGGACGUAUCGUGACGACAAACUGCAGCGGCUGUCCGACCAGAAGCUUGUGAGACGAGACCUGUUCACUCUGAUGCAUCGACACCUGAUUCCACUAGUGAGGAAUUCCUGCUGCAGAUUCUCUCUCGUCUGAUCCAUAGAGCGGUGGCUUUGCGCUGAGAAUUCAUAAUGAACAAGAGCAAACCUCCGCCACAGCGUAACAGUCCCCCCCCCAUCUUGCUGGUACACCCAAUAUAGAGUUGGAUGGCA